AAAUCUCCAUUCGCCGAUCCUAGUUGAACCCAGACCCUCGCGUGUCCCCUUCAGAUCCCGAGAGAGUCGAUCUUCAGCACCUUGCGCCGACUCCGACGUUCAGAUGUCCCACGGAGACACUAUUCCCCUCCAUCCCUCCUCCCAGUCGGACAUCGAUGAGAUCGAGAACCUCAUCUACGAUAGCGUCCAAUCCAGCCAGGCAACUGUCCUUCCGGCGCGGCCGCCAAGCCCUCCGCGCGCCUCGAUUCCAGUUUCCUCCUCCCCCUUCAUCAAUUCUAAUAUUCCACCACCAUCCUAUCAGAAGGCGACGGUCUCUGCCCCUUCGAAACAGCCGGUUCCGGCAGUUCUUCCGGUCUCAUCCGCCGACUUCUCCACUCCCAGCGGGGGAGAUGCGCGCCAGGGGAUCUCCUCCGAUGCGUUUGGGUCACCAGCAAACACGCUAACGGAGCCUGUUUGGGACACCGUGAAGAGGGAUUUAUCUCGAAUUGUGAACAAUCUGAAGCUUGUGGUGUUUCCUAACCCAUAUCGUGAGGAUCCCGGUAAAGCAUUGAGAGAUUGGGAUCUCUGGGGGCCGUUCUUCUUUAUCGUAUUUCUGGGACUCGCGCUCUCUUGGUCUGCCUCCGUCAAAAAGUCUGAAGUAUUUGCGGUUGCAUUUGCCAUGCUUGCUGCUGGUGCAGUGAUACUCACAUUAAAUGUGUUGCUCCUGGGUGGCCACAUCAUCUUUUUCCAAAGUCUCAGUCUUUUAGGUUACUGCCUGUUUCCUCUCGACGUUGGAGCUUUGAUCUGCUUGCUAAAAGACAAUGUCAUUCUGAAAGUAAUAGUUGUUUCUGUAACGUUGGCAUGGAGCUCAUGGGCAGCAUAUCCUUUCAUGAGUGCUGCGGUUAAUCCCAGGAGAAAAGCCCUUGCCUUAUAUCCAGUCUUCCUCAUGUAUGUAUCCGUCGGUUUCUUAAUAAUUGCCAUUGAUUGAGGCAUCAAAAUCCAUAAGAAUUUCACAUCAAUUACAGUUUAACUAGACUUUGCCAUGAAGUUCCCACCAUUAAGUCAAUUUGCUCGUUGUCUCAACGAUACUUGAGAUUUUAGGUUGUUAAAGCUUGCCAGCUUUUUUGUGUAUGUUGCACUACUUUGUACUUUUCUUUUUUCUUACAUUAUUUUAUUUGUAUCCACACUCGGUUUCCUUGCACGUCAGACUGAACUGUGCUUGUGAAUUGCCUUCUCUGGUUCCAAACGGAUGAGUUUAAUUUUUUCUUGUUUUCCU